GUGGGUAAUGAUUUCUUGUGUCUAGGGAAGAGAGGUUUUGGUCCUUGGUGGGAAUGAUAGCUCAUGAUGAUGAUCAUCAUCAUGGAUUCCCUUCUUUUACGUGUGCAUUCAUUUGUUUACUCUUUUUCUACUUUUUUGAAUCCGGGUUUCCUUCUUCCCAUUCAUCUCAUGUACUUCGAGCUUACAAAAAGUUUAUUAAUCUUACACUAAACGAUGUUGUAAACAUCUCAACUUCUUGGCAUAUUAUCUAUUCUCUCGUGUGGGCUUACUGUUGGACACCAAAAGUGAGGAAAGGCCCAAUUGUAGCCGGUAUUAAUAGAGUUUAGAAUAAGACAAAAAUCAUACGUGUCAACCAUUAAAGUGCACCACGAAUAUCAGAUUUUUUUUUUUUAAUAAUUCGGCCAUUUCUAUAGCUCAACUAUCUACUCAACAGUCCAACUGGCCACUUAUUAUCAUUGGAUCAUUUGGCCCAUUCGCAUCUUGAAUUAGGCCCAUUACACGUUAACGCAGUGGAGACUAUUAUCUCAAUCCACUUUCUUUCAUCCAAACAUUAAAUAGCUGGGCCGUUAACAAUGAGUGCGAGCAUCUCAUGGAGAAUGGGGGUUCAAAUAUCAAAAUCCCACGUUAGUCAAACUGAUAUCUGGCCUUUCUUCGAAAGCCCAAAAAGGUUCAUUGGCCCCACGUGUCAAAGAUAUGGGGCUUUGUGUCCACAUGAUCACCAAGACCGUGCACGCUAGGUCAACUUUAUUAUGUCUAGACCAAACAUUUCUCCAAGUUUUUUAGUUCACAUGUAAAGAUAUGGAACCAUUAUGCCUCUUUGUUCUUUGGUUUAAAGAUAGAAGAAUAUAUCUCUGCUUUAUUUAUCAUCUAUACAGUACAAGUUGUUGCAAAGCAAAAUAUAGAAAGAAUGUUGUUGCCAUGUGACAGUGGCAUGAUUCAACAAAGUCUCACCAACCAAGGGCCAUCGAUAAACUCAUCUCCACUUACCCCUUAAUAACCCAAUGCUCCCAAGUCCCAUGCACAAAACAUGAUUACAAAUUUACAACUCUUUCAUCCUCCUUAUAAAGCACCGUUCAAUCCUCCAUUUGUUUGCAUAUCCACAUACUCAUUAUGGGAACUUACGCACAAAAUUUGAAACAAGAUGAAGAACAUGUUUUCAAAAGCCGAUUUCCAAAUGUUACGGUGCCUAAUGACAUGACAUUACCACAAUUUGUGCUUCAAAAUGCUGAAUUAUAUGCUGACAAAGUUGCAUUUGUGGAGGCUGUGACUGGAAAACAAAUCACUUACAGUGAUGUGGUUAAAGGCACAAUGAGGUUUGGUAAGGCCUUGAGGUCUCUCGGCCUUUCAAAGGGGCAAGUGGUGAUUGUUGUACUUCCAAAUGUUGCAGAGUAUGCCAUUGUUGCUCUGGGAAUCAUGACUGCUGGGGGUGUGUUUUCUGGUGCAAACCCCUCUUCACAUGUAUCAGAAAUCAAGAAGCAAGUGGAGGCUGCUAAGGCCAAGUUAAUUGUCACAAAUGGGCCAAACUACGAGAAGGUUAAAGGUUUAGGGAUACCAGUAAUCAUUCAGGGAGAAGAACUCAUUGAAGGUGCCAUGAAUUGGAACAAAUUGCUCGAAGCGGCAGACCGAGCGGGUACUAGUCCUUUUAAUAAGGAUGUUCACCAAAAUGAUCUUUGUGCCCUUCCCUUCUCAUCAGGCACCACAGGGUUAUCGAAAGGUGUCAUGCUAACUCAUCGAAAUCUGGUAGCUAAUCUGUGUUCUACACUAUUUAGUGUAAGACCAGAAAUGGUAGGCCAAGUUACUACACUAGGUCUAAUUCCUUUCUUCCAUAUUUAUGGAAUCACUGGAAUAUGUUGUGCUACCCUUAGGAACAAGGGAAAAGUGGUGGUGAUGGAAAGGUUCGAACUUCGAACAUUUAUGAAUGCUUUGAUCACUGAGGAGGUCACAUUUGCACCAAUUGUGCCGCCAAUUAUCUUACAGUUGGUCAAGAAUCCAAUAGUCGAGGAAUUUGAUCUCAAUAUGCUUAAACUCCAAGCCAUUAUGUCUGCAGCUGCUCCACUAGCACCCGAGCUUCUUAAUGCCUUUGAAAACAAGUUCCCUGGAGUACAUGUCCAAGAGGCAUAUGGAUUGACCGAGCAUAGUUGCAUCACCCUCACUCUUGCGGACCCUAAAAUUGCUAGCUCUCCAUCAAAGAAGAACUCGGUUGGUUACAUUCUUCCAAAUUUAGAAGUAAAAUUUAUUAAUCCAGAAACUGGUCAAUCCCUACCCACGAAUACACCAGGCGAAAUUUGUGUUAGAAGCCAAUGUGUAAUGAAAGGUUAUUAUAAUAAUGACGAGGAGACUGCCCGAACUAUCGACAAGAAAGGGUGGCUUCACACAGGCGACAUUGGAUUCAUAGAUGAUGAGGGUGAUGUUUUCGUUGUGGAUCGCAUCAAAGAGUUAAUCAAGUACAAAGGUUUCCAAGUGGCUCCUGCUGAGCUUGAGGCCAUCCUUCUCACUCAUCCCUCAAUUGAAGAUGCAGCCGUAGUGCCGCUGCCUGAUGAGGAGGCAGGGGAGAUCCCAGGUGCAAGCGUUGUGAUGGCCCCAGGUGCAAAGGAGAGUGAAGAAGAUGUCAUUCAUUACGUUGCCUCGAGUGUUGCACAUUACAAGAAAGUGAGAGUGGUGCAAUUUGUGGACACAAUCCCAAAGUCACCUUCUGGAAAAAUAAUGAGAAGGCUUAUUAAAGAUAAGAUGAUAGAAGAGAUGCGGGCAAAUCUCUCCAACUCCAAACUCAAUCCAAUGUUGAAAUAACAUAUUUUGCCUGAAUUUUCUACUCAACUAAGAGUUCGUGAUAAAAUGUACCCCAUCCUAGAUAACUUUUGUCUGGCUAUGACUAAUUGGGUAAAUAUUGCAAUAUGAAGCUCUACUAAGUAAUCCUUGUUUAUGUGUUUUUAAAAUUCAAUGAAAUUUCUCCUCAGUUCACCCA